CCCAGAUGGCAAGCAGUCCUAUACAUGUUAAAUAUGUCACAGAAUAUCCUAGAUACAAUAUAUGUGUGCAGAACCGAAUAGGUCUCUUGUUGCACAGGAAGAAUUGGAUUAGAAGGUAAAAAUAACCCGGGAAGAAAAACAAAAAUGCAAACAGUUUACAUUCAUUUCCCAGUGUUCUUUCUUUGGGUGUAGCUGCUUCUGUCCGUCAUUGAUCAAUUGAAACUGAGUUAGAUCUCUUUGUCAAAGAAAUCCACUUCUGUCAGAAUAUGGGUGUAACUCUUGAGAGAAAACCAGGCAGGAAUGAAGAAUAAAUAACAUCUCACCUGAGCAGCAGAAAACCAGAGAACUAGAGAACCAACAUUUCCCUCUGCAGAUAAGUCCUCUGAGACAAUGCAUCCAAGAAAGUUGGCCUCUUUUAAGUAAGAAAAUAGGGGUCUGGGAAAGAAGGUAAAGCUUUAUAAUGUGCUUGAUGCUUUCCCAAGUGUUUUUAUCCGUCUCUCACGCUCUCUUAGGCCCAGAAAUUACAGUCUUCUUGAUAAACUCAAAGCAAAGUCUCCUCUCCAAUUCUGUGGAGUCUGUGUCCAAUUUUCAGGUGCUGCUAGGAGCAGGAGAAAUGAAAUCUCAAGUUGAAACUUCAAUGUGGUUCUAAUAUAGAAACUGGGCAUGCUCAGUAGCCAAGGCAGGUUUAGGUUACAAAAAAGAAGCUUUCUCAUUCCACAUGCAGCAGAAUUGCCAGGCUAGGGAGGGACAGACAAUGAUACGACCAGAAAUUCGUUCCUUGCCGCGUUCGCAGUGAGUGCUUGUUCUCGAAGGCAAUGAUCAAAACUGAUCAGGCAUCUGUCUCCAGCCUACUUGGAACCCGACCCUGCUUCCUCCUCCUGCCCUCUUUUUUUCCUCUAUCCACGUCCCCUCCCCUUGGGAAAUCUAAGAAAGGGAGGGUUUGCUGACGGUUGUUGUCAACGCCAUAGAUCUUUCCACAACAUCCAGGUUGAGAUUUAGAAAUCUUCAAACACCAACGAGAAAACAGGAAGACACUUGACCAUCGACCCUUAUUACGUUUUGCCAUCGGUGAGAGAUCUUCGUGGGUUGAUUCUCCUCAUCUCUCCAUGCAGUCACUAUGCAGAGAACAAUUGGCUUUCCUGCACUGUGCCUGCUUGUUAAUCUCCACGCUGCAGGAUGUUUCUCAGGAGAUAAUGAUCACCUUUUGGCAAUUCAUCAGCAGAAGAGUGGAAAACCUGUAUUUAUCUACCACCAUGUACAAACUAUUGAGAAUAGUUUGGACACAAACCAUGAAAAAAAAUAUAAACACAGCUUCCAUUCUCUUCAUAUACAAACAAGCAAACGACACCCUGGCAUAACUGUUAAAUCCACAUUUCCCAAACCUGUCUAUGACUCCUCUCUCAACUUGUUGGCAAUGACUGGUCAAGAUCUGGAAGUGGAAAACCUUCCAAUCCCUGAAGCAAAUGUAAUCAUUGUGACGCUGCAAAUGGACAUAAACAAGCUUAACAUAACUUUGCUCCGAAUAUUUCGUCAAGGAAUGGCAGCAGCUUUAGGAGUCCUACCACAACAAGUUCACAUCAAUCGCCUAAUUGGGAAGAAGAACAGCAUUGAGAUGUUUGUAUCUCCAAUAAAUAGGAAAACUGGAAUUUCAGAUGUUCUGCCAUCUAAAGAAGUGCUGCAUUCACUUGAUAUCAAUAUUUUACAUCAGAGUCUAUCUCAAUUUGGAAUUAUAGAAAUCUCCCCUGAGACCAAUGUCUUACAAGGGCAACAUGAAGCGAAUAAGAUCUGGAGCAAAGAAGGAUUUUAUGCUGUUAUCAUUUUCCUCAGUAUCUUUAUAAUGAUCGUCACUUGUCUGACGGUGAAAUUCGCUUAUUUCGAUGAAUGCCCAUCUUCUUCCCUGGAAAAAGAUGCUCAUUCUGGCUGGGUUCUUUACAGAUUAAAAGAAAAAUUUCAGCUUUCUCUGAGACAAGACAAGGAGAAAAACCAAGAGAUCCACCUGUCUUCCAUCCCAUUACAGGCCACCCAAUCUGACACAAAAACAGUCACCAGCAUGGUCCAACCUGAACACACCCCUAAAGUGGUGAAUGUCAUAGUGGAUCCUCAAGGCCAAUGCACUCCUGAGGUCAAACCUGCUAUUUCUGCUAGUCCAUCGCCUUUCAAAAUGAAAUCUAUAGGACUUCAGGAGAGACGAGGAUCCAAUGUGUCUCUUACUUUGGACAUGAGUAGUUUGGGGAGCAUUGAGCCUUUUGUGACUGUACCAACACCACGGGAGAAAGUAGCAAUGGAGUAUCUGCAGUCAGCCAGCCGGAUUCUCACAAGGUCACAGCUGAGGGACACUAUGGCAAGUUCUCAUUUACUCCAGACUGAAUUCAUGGAAAUACCAAUGAACUUCGUGGAUCCCAAAGAAAUUGACAUUCCACGUCAUGGAACUAAAAACCGCUACAAAACCAUUUUGCCAAAUCCUCUUAGCAGAGUGUAUUUGAAGCCAAAAAAUCCAACUGAUUCUUUGAGCACCUAUAUUAAUGCUAACUACAUUAGGGGUUACAGUGGUGAGGAGAAAGCUUUCAUCGCUACACAGGGGCCCAUGAUUAACACCGUGAAUGAUUUCUGGCAUAUGGUCUGGCAGGAGGACAGCCCUGUCAUUGUUAUGAUCACAAAGCUAAAAGAAAAAAACGAGAAAUGUGUACUCUACUGGCCAGAAAAGAGAGGGAUUUAUGGUAAAGUUGAAGUUUUGGUUCAUGGUGUGAAAGAAUGUGAUAACUAUACUGUCCGAAACCUUACUCUAAAGCAAGGAAGUCACACCCAACAUGUGAAGCAUUAUUGGUACACAUCCUGGCCGGAUCAUAAAACUCCCAACAGUGCUCAGCCCCUUCUCCAACUCAUGCUGGAUGUAGAAGAUGACAGGAUUGCCUCUUCUGGCAGAGGACCUAUAAUUGUACACUGCAGUGCUGGAAUAGGCAGAACUGGAUGUUUUAUUGCCACAUCCAUUGGUUGUCGACAACUGAAAGAAGAAGGAGUGGUUGAUGCACUCAGCAUUGUAUGUCAGCUUCGUGUAGACAGGGGCGGGAUGGUUCAGACAAGUGAACAAUAUGAAUUUGUUCAUCAUGCACUAAGUCUCUAUGAAAGCAAGCUGUCUGCAGAAACUGUCUAGUGAAAUGUUGAAGAUUCAGUUUACUGACAAUCUCUCAGGAGAAUUCAAUGUGUUAUCUGACUUCUUCCAGGAGAUUCCUAGGAUGGAA